AUGCGCCUUGCGGUGGCGAGGCCGGGCUCCGUGGUGGUGACGCUGGAGUCCAACCCCGUCCACGCCGUGGUGGCACGCUGCAUCGUGGGCUACGCGGGCCUGUCGGGCGUCAUAGACGUGAGGGUGGGCCACAGCGAGGACGUGCUCCCGCACCUGGCGGCGGCCGUCGAGGAGGACGGCGGCGUCUUCGACCUGGUCUUCUUCGACCAGCGCGGCUCGCGCUACGCCGCAGACCUGGCAGCCCUGCGGCGCGGCGGGCUGCUGGCCGACAGAGCGGUCGUGGUGGCAGACAACGUUCUGAAGCCUGGCGCGCCAGAGUUCCUCUGGGAGGUGCUGCGGAGCGGCUGCUUCCACACGCAGGUCGUCUCUGUGUCGGAGUACGCCAUGCCGGGCGUCGAGGAUUGGAUGUCUCUGAGCGUGCACUUGAAGCAGGACGAGCGGGGGGCGCCGCCCCUUCCCCGCAGCCUCCGGCGGAUGGAGUGGGAGGCCGACCAGAUACGAUCGCGUGCAGAGAGGUUCCCCGGCGUCUCGUUCGAGGAGUGGGCCAGCUUCGCGGCGCGCAUGCGGGAAGCCCUGGCCGUUUUUGGCAUCGGGCCGUCGGCAGAACGAACAACGUCUUCGAGGUCGUGA